GGUGCCUGAAUUUCUUGUGCUAAUCUUCUUAGUGUAGAAAGAGGGACAGUUGGUUUUGUAAAAGGACACACUUAAAGGUUACGUUGAUCUUGUUUCGUAAAAGAAAACCUUAAUCUGGUGGAUCCUGUGGAUAUAUAGUUGGUCAUCUACGAAGAUCAAAUGGAUCUAAAUCUGUGGAAAGGGCGAAAUGAUUGCAGAUAGUUCUGCUUUCCCAUUCAUUCAUCAACGAUACAGCGUCCCCCGUUUUUAUGGGCAGAUUGCACCGACGUUACACACAGCUUCCUUCCUCCAUCUCCAUUCCCCCGAUUGCUCUGCAGAUCCAGCUUGGUGUUGACACGCAAAAUGAGGAUGAUCACCUUCUUCCUUGUUGGACUGACAGUCCAUGUAGUCUUCUUCGUCUCUAUCUUUGACAUCUACUUCACCUCACCCCUGGUCCAUGGCAUGACACCGCAGGCCACACCUCUGGCACCUCCUGCCUCCAGACUGGUGUUAGUGGUGGCCGAUGGUCUCAGAGCAGAUAGUCUCUUCACACUCCUUCCCAACGGCUCAUCCAGAGCCCCAUUCCUGAGGAGUGUGAUGGAGGAGAGGGGUACCUGGGGUGUGUCACACACUCGUGUCCCUACCGAGUCUCGUCCCGGCCAUGUUGCUCUCAUCGCUGGCUUCUAUGAGGAUGUCAGUGCUGUUGCUAAAGGUUGGAAGGAAAAUCCUGUAGAGUUUGACUCAGUGUUUAAUGAGACCAGACACACCUGGUGCUGGGGCAGCCCUGAUAUUCUGCCAAUGUUUGCUAAAGGUGCCAGUGGAGACCAUGUAUAUACUCACACAUACCCAGCGCAGGAGGAGGACUUUGCCUCCACAGAUGCCUCCAGGCUGGACCGCUGGGUGUUCACUCAAGUCAAAUCAUUCUUCCAGUCAGCAAAGUCCAACUCCACUCUGAGGGACAGUCUGCUUGAGGAUAAGAAUGUCUUCUUCCUGCAUCUGCUGGGCAUCGACACAAACGGACAUGCUCACAGACCAAUGUCACAAGAGUAUCUGGACAAUAUUGUUCUAGUAGACACCGGUGUGGCUGAGCUGGUGUCUAUGGUAGAGGACUUCUUUGGUCAUGAUGGCAGAACGGCCUAUGUGUUCACCUCUGAUCAUGGCAUGACAAAUUGGGGUUCACACGGUGCAGGCCAUCCCUCUGAGACACUCACCCCUUUAGUGGUGUGGGGAGCGGGAGUUCAUAAUGCACAUAAAGUCACUGAACCCCAACCAUACAACGAUGGCUACCUACAAGAUUGGAAACUGGAGCACCUUCGUAGAGUUGACGUCAAUCAGGCAGACAUCGCACCCCUGAUGGCUUCUCUCAUUGGUGUGCCCUUUCCUGUUAACUCUGUCGGUGUGUUACCGCUUCUCUACCUUAACAACAGUGACCAGUUCAAGGCAGAGAGCAUGUACACUAAUGCUAUUGAAGUACUAGAGCAGUAUAAGGUGAAAAUGACCCAGAAAAAGGAGACAACAUUGCCUUUUCUCUUCACCCCAUACCAACUACUGACUGAGUCAAAACAAGCAGAAUUCAUCCACAAGGCUAGAAUACUGAUGCAGCUGGAAAAGUAUGAUGAUGCUAUCUCUCUGUGUCGCUCUCUGAUAUCCCAUGCUCUGGAUGGCCUGGUCUACUAUCACACCUAUGACAGGUUCUUCCUGGGUUGCAGUGUGGUGCUGGGAUUUGUAGGCUGGACCUCAUAUGUUGUCCUAGUUAUACUGAAGACUCAUGCCAGUCUCAACAGAAACCCAAGUGUCCUCAAACAGACUCCCGGCCAUACCCUGCCGAGGCUGUGUAUGUGUGUGGCAGUGGUGAUCACUGUGUUCCUGCUUAUCCAAAGGAGCCCCAUUACCUACUAUAUUUACUGCCUGCUGCCUGUGCCUAUAUGGUACUCUGUUCUUAAAGAGUCUGGAACUCUAACAGAUUUAAUUCACUCAGCUCCCUCUCUGCCUCUGUGGAAAUGUUUGGGCUAUUUUGUGCUGGUGGCAUUUGGGAUUGAGCUUCUGGUGGUGAGUUUCUUCCAUCGUGCCAUGCUGACUGUGGGUUUGGCUUUCCUCUCCCUCUGGCCCUUCCUGGCGGGUAUUUUUGGCAAGGCCAAGUUGCGUGCGUUGAGCUGGUGUCUGGGCUGCCUGUGCUUGGCUGCUUUCCCCCUGAUGCCAGUUGUGGGCAGAGAGCCCAACAUACAUCUGGUAACCUGUGCAGGUCUCCUCACUCUCUUCACUUCAGCCUGUUACCUCUGGUCAUCACGACAGAGAACGCCACUGCACCUCAGUGACAGACAGCAGUUUGUCACCCAGAUGUUUCACGUGGCUGUGUGUGCGUACGUGCCGUCCCUCACACACUCAAGCCUGCAACAGAAACAGGGCCUGCCACUUUUUAAUCAGAUCAUCAGCUGGACCACAUUAGCUUCUUCUAUGCUGGUUCCAUUGUUGAGCACCACACGCCUUUUCCACCGUCUCCUCAGCAUAUUCCUCUCUCUAACAGCCACAUACCUGCUGCUCAGCACUGGGUCAGAGGCACUCUUCCCCCCUGUGCUAUCUUGGUUGAUGUUUGUGUGGAUAAACAUUGAACAGGAAGCUAUGCUCGCUCAGGGUGUUUCUGGCAGACAAGAGCUCUCCACUAUCGAUUUCUCUGCAAAUAUCGACAUCACCAAGAUCCGACAACUGAAGUUGGAUGACAUCAGAAGAUCUUAUUUUUUUGUAUUCUUUAUAAUAACAGCUUUCUUCGGCACAGGGAACAUAGCGUCCAUUAACAGUUUUGACCCAGCAUCUGUUUACUGCUUCCUCACUGUCUUUAACCCCUUCAUCAUGGGAGGGCUGAUGAUGUGGAAGGUUAUCAUUCCAUUCAUCAUAGUAAUGUGUACAUUUGAGACCAUCCAAGUUGCAACACAGCUUUCAUCAAGAAGUUUGUUCCUGAUCGUCCUGGUCAUCUCUGACUUGAUGGCUCUGCACUUUUUCUUCCUUGUGCAGGACUAUGGCAGCUGGUUGGACAUUGGCACAAGCAUUAGUCACUAUGUGAUAGUGAUGUCGAUGACCAUCUUUCUGAUGUUGCUCAGUCUGGUCACACACGUUCUCACCUCACAAAGACUCAGCCUGUGGAGAAGACACAAGAUGCACUUCCCCUAAAAAAAAAAGUGUUUGUGUGUGCUAGUGCAUCCAUACAUAGUUAAACCAAAUGUCUAGUAUUUAAAUUAGAUACUUUUUAUUUAGCGUUUGCCUUAUUAGCUGGAGUGUGUUUAUGUAAGUUAUGGGAUAUUGUUUUAGGACUCAAUAAACUGUAUAGUACAGUGCAAAAGUCUCACACCACAUAACUGAAUUGUUUUGUAGUUUUGGAAAUUCCCUCCUAUAAACAUAUUGUCCUCAUUAGUAAGAUGCUUUAACAAUUUGAAAAAUGUACCACGUGUCUUACUAAGAAAUGACACAACAGUCUACUGAAGAUAAUUACGUCAAGAUCAGUUCUCAGUAAAAAAAACAAACUGAGUUCUUCUUGACAAUUGUUGGCAUCCUUGUAUUCACAUAAAACAAACACUGCUUAGAUACAAGGUUUUGAUAGGACAUUUUUCAGAGUGGUGUAAGACUUUUGCACAGUUCUGUUUGCACUGUAUUCUUUUGUACUCAGUCGCUGUUCCAACAUCAUUGUUUUUAUAUUAAUCAUUGAUGAAUUGACAAAGGCCACUUGAAUAUUUGACCGUAAAUUAUGCCUUUGCCAAAGGUGCUGAUUUAUGAUCCACCAAAGAAGGGUAACUUGAUAACUCUUUAAAUAUGUAACAGUUUCCUGUGAAGCUGCCUAAAACAUGUCUUUGUUCAGAAGUAAAAGGUAUGUUAUUUUUACUAUACUGUGACUAUGUUUUUACUAAUAAAACUAAAGGGGUGGAAUGGAAACAGGAAUAUCCAUAAAGGGACCAGUGUGGUUUACUUUGUGCAACCAUUAACAGAAUUAAACUAGGUGCCAGUGUAGUAGCUGUGCUCUGUGAUUGUAUGUCAGGGUAACUGUAGCCAUGGGCUCGGCUUAGAAAAGUAAAAGAGAGCAGUCCAGGUGCACUUGAAAAAGCCCCUAAGCCCAAAGCAGAGUUUAAGCACCCAGUGGCCAACACCAGGAUUGUGGUUGCAUUUAGAAAUUAAAUAUGAAUGUUGAGAUGUACUGCA